AAGCUUCCGACUCGAGCAGGAAGGAGACGCCGGGUUAGGGGAGAGCCCUGCACUCCGUCCAAACGUCCGUCCGUCCCCUGGGGACCGUGACCCUCAGGGACCGCCGGGAGCUGGCCCAGGGAGCAGACCAUCCCGCGUCACUACCACAAAAGGCACCUGUGCGGGGAAAUUAGGCUCUCACGGUGGACCAUGGCUUACGGGCUGCCAAGGAAGAACACAGUGAAAAAUGUCCUGCGAGGCAGUUUUACAGUACAGCAACCUUGGGAUCUUGCACUGCUUACAGAGACCUUGUACACAAAACUAAGCAAAAUCAAAUUUCCUUUCUUGGAAGAAAUUACAUAUGGUGGUCCUGUGUACCUCAAAAAGUCUAAAAUCAAGAAGGACCUUCUGCUUCCUUCUGCAGAAGAUAUCAGAAUUGAAAGGGAUUUUGAAACGAAGCGCUUAAAUAACCUGAAAAGUCAGGAAAAUGCAGAAAAGGAAAUUCAGCUUGCCUUAAGAGAAAAACAAUAUGGUUUGAGAAGACCUGUUCCACCUAAGUGAAAUCGCCUCGAAAU